GUACAACGGAUAUUGCCAAGAUUCUUAUCGAUAAUAGGAGCAAUGUCAAUGCUGAGGAUGAAAUCAAAUGGACGCCUCUCCAUAUAUCUGCACAAAAUGGUACAACGGAUAUUGCCAAGAUUCUUAUCGAUCAUGGGAGCAAUGUCAAUGCUGAGAAUGAAGUCAAAUGGACGCCUCUCCAUAUAUCUGCACAAUAUGGUACAACGGAUAUUGCCAAGAUUCUUAUCGAUAAUAGGAGCAAUGUCAAUGCUGAGGAUGAAAUCAAAUGGACGCCUCUCCAUAUAUCUGCACAAAAUGGCACAACGGAUAUUGCCGAGCUUCUUAUCGAGCAUGGGAGCAAUGUCAAUGCUGAGAAUAAAUACAAAUCGACGCCUCUCCAUGUAGCUGCAAAAAAUAGUAAGAAGGAUGUGGCCAAACUUCUUAUCAAUCGUGGAGCAAAUAUUUAUGCAAGAGAUAAGUAUAACAAUACUCCCGUUUUUGUGGCUCCCCGUGCUAUGGCCAAAUAUAUUAAUGAACAAUAUAAGAAAUAUAACGAAGAAAAAGCUGAACAUUUUUUUUUGAUAUUUG